UCCCUGCCAUUUCUGUCCUUUAUUGUUCCCAUCUUUGUGUGACAUGUUCCCUUGGUGUCUCUGAUUUUCUUGAAGAGAUCUCUAGUCUGUCAUUCUCUAAGGAACAGUUAGUAAGCUGUUCUCCAGCUCACUAAUGAUUUGUUUAGAGGUGAGGGAGCUGUGUGUCUUUCUCUUGCUAGCGUUUAGUAUUCUUCCACUUCAGAUCAAAGGACAUGUCCUGUGUCGUUUCUGUUCUCUCAGAUGUAGGGAGUUUCUUUAAUACACGGUCAGUUUUUAUAACUGUUCUGCAGACUUUGGAAAAGGAUGAUUACUCUUUAUAGGGCGUUGACUUUAAAAGUCAGUUGUUGAAUUGAACCUGUGAUGGCAUCCAGUUUCCCGUUUGGUAUUUCCCCCACUAGCCAGGCUGUCCAGUUUGAGAGAGUUGUGUUGAAAAUCCCACAUCAUUGUAGUUAUGUUAAUAUCUUGCAUCAAGUGUGGAAAUUUCUGUUUCUAGCAGUUUUUGCUUUAUUUAGUGCUUCCUGAGUCCGAGUGUGUUACAGGUGUGUGACUGUCCCGUGUCCUUUCCACCAAAACACGUUCGCCCUGGCCCCCACACCUCCCUUGCCUUGGCUUCUCUGUUGCUGCGCCCUUCACAGCUGCCCUUCUCCUCCUGGUGACCCUGCUUCAGGGGCCCAGAACGGCCUGUUGAUCUCAACCUUUUGUGUUACUUGUAACUGCCUCUUAUGAACACUGUAUCCUGGAUUUAGUGUUCUUGUCCAAGCGCACUAGGGAAUUUCUGGAGUAGGAAAUGGCAGCCCACCCCAGUAUUAUUGCCUGGAAAAUUCCAUGGACAGAGGAGCCUGGUGGACUACAGUCCAUGGGCCGCAAAGAGCCGGACACAACUGAGCACUGGGGAACUUAACUCCCGUCACGUGAUCUGUACUUGCGGUUUGUCGUUUUCUCCUAGCUCUUCUCCCGACGUUAAAUGCCCCAGUCCACUUCAAACCUACCCCAGACUGCUGGCACAUUUGUCUUGAAAUUCUUACCAGUACUUUUAGGCUUACGGUUUUCUAUUUUAGGAAUUAAUCAGUGUCAAAUUCGCACUCAAAUCAAGAUAAGAUCUUUUAAUAUGCAUGUAAUUUAAUCCUUAGUUCUGAUAUGUUUUGUUUUAUUGAAAAAUAGUUACAAAUGUUAGCAAUUAUACUUUUAAAAUAUGUGUUUUUUCCCCAUAAUGAAAUCACCCCCCAAAACACCAAACUAACAUACCCACAGUGGAAGUAGGUGAAGCUCCAGACUGCCUAGGCCCCGUGACUCUGCCGUGCUGGUCCCGCGGUGUCUGUUAAGUGGUCCUAGCUGCCUGCUGUCAGCCUACACCGGCCAGCUCUCUUACCAGCGAAGCAAGUGUACUCGGGAGUGGCAGAGGACCCACACUGUGGCCGGCCGGCCGUGGGCGGGUCCUGCAGGCAGGGGAGAGGGUCCUCACCGGACAGACAGGAGGAGGAAGUUGGGCGCUUUGAGGGUCCGUUGAGGACAGCGACGGUCGUGUGACGGCUGCUUCCCCUUGGCCUGGCUCCCUUCCUCCUUGCGGGGCCACGGGGCCAGCGCCUUCCUGCCCGGGGUGUAAAGGGAGCGUGCGGGAGAGCGCGCGUGCGGGAGGCGCAGUGCGCGGCUCCGACUCGUUCCCCCACGGCUCCCCUGCUCAUCUGCAUGCCUGGCUGUGCGGUUGGCUGUUGGGAUCUGCUCGAGGUGCAGAGCAGGUCUGCCUGAAUCCUGUGGGAUGCGGGGGACCCAGGCUGCUUCAGGGCGGCCAGCCUGCAGCCUCAGAAGCCUUCCCCAGUCCUUUCCGCGAGCCAAGGCUGACAGGAUGGAAGAACUCCUUGUGGGAUCUCGCGGGCCGCCAGGGGCCAGAGCCGUCCCCAGGGCCCUCACAGACGCGGCGAGGCCAGGAGUGGCGGUCAGGCUGAGCCCAGGAGGACGGUGCUGGGUGCUGGCCAGGGCCGGGGUCUCGCGAGGGGAGCCGACCAGCCUCUUCUCUGCUGGGCCUCCCUCCCGGAGCCCGGCCCCUCCUGGAGCCUACUCCUCAGCCCUCCGGCACCGCCCCGAGGAACACAGCCUUGCUUGAUGGUUGUGUCCGAAGGAGGUCUCGGCCCAGGACUCUCACAGGACGCCGGAUGGUUUCCUCAUUAUCUGUGGCAGGCCUGACAGCUUGCCGGGUUGAUUGCUCAGUUGGUUUCGUCCACUCUGACGCUUCUCACCCAGAGCUGCGCGGGGAAAGUGCCGAUGCGCAAGGAGACGACCCCUGCCUGUACAUCCCACGCUUUGCCCACCUGCUGGAGUUUGGCGAAAAGAACCACGAGGUGUCCAUGACGGCCAUGAGGCUGCUGCAGAGGAUGAAGAGGGACUGGAUGCACACGGGCCGCCGCCCCUCGGGACUCUGCGGGGCAGCACUUCUGGUUGCAGCCAGGAUGCAUGAUUUCCGGAGAACUGUCAAGGAGGUCAUCAGCGUGGUCAAGGUGUGCGAGUCCACUCUGCGCAAGAGGCUCACGGAGUUCGAGGACACGCCCACCAGUCAGCUGACCGUGGACGAGUUUAUGAAGAUUGACUUGGAGGAGGAGUGCGACCCCCCGUCCUACACGGCUGGCCAGAGGAAACUGCGGCUGAAGCAGCUUGAACAAGUCCUGUCGAAACAGCUGGAGGAUGUGGAAGGUGAGAUAACCACCUACCAGGACGCCAUUGAAAUUGAGCUAGAAAACAGCCGGCCCAAGGCCAAGGGGGCGCUCGCCAGCCUGACGAAGGACGGCUCCGUUGAGGACAGCACGUCCAGCUUGUUCGGAGAGGAGGACACCGAGGACGAGGAGCUGGAGGCCGCGGCCAGCCACCUGAACAAAGACUUCUACCAGGAGCUGUUAGGAGGCGGCGUCUCUGGCGGCGCGGAGGUGGCGGGGGGCCCCGCGGAGGGCGGCAGGCCCCCUGCGCUGGAGUCCCUGCUCGGGCCUCUGCCCACGGCGGCCAGCCUGGGCAUCUCGGACUCCAUCCGGGAAUGCAUCUCAUCCCCGAACCGCGAGCCCAAGGAUGCCUGUGGGGACGGGGAGCUGGACCUGAGCGGCAUCGACGACCUCGAGAUCGACCGGUACAUCCUGAAUGAGGCGGAAGCCCGCGUGAAGGCCGAGCUCUGGAUGCGGGAGAACGCUGAGUACCUGCGGGAGCAGAAGGAGAAAGAAGCGAGAAUCGCGAAGGAGAGGGAGCUGGGCAUCUACAAGGAGCACAAGCCCAAGAAGUCCUGCAAGCGCCGGGAGCCGAUCCAGGCCAGCACGGCCGGGGAGGCCAUCGAGAAGAUGCUGGAGCAGAAGAAAAUCUCCAGCAAGAUCAACUACAGCGUGCUGCGGGGCCUGGACAGCGGGGGCGGCCCGCCCGGGGAGGAUGGCCCCCCGCCCCGGGAGCAUGGCCCCCCGCCCGGGGAGGACACAGCCUCCCAGGGGGAGGCCGCCCGGCCCACAGAGCGGACCAGUGCCCGGAGGCUGUCCCGGCGGAAGACGCCCUCCAGGAGAAGCCGGCCAGACCCCUCAACCAGCGUGGGCAAGAGGUUGAGGCCGAUGGUGUCGACGCAGCCGGCAAAGAAGGUGGCGCUUGGAGAGGCCUCUGUCCCGAGCGCCCGCUCCCUGGAGGCUGAGCGCGUCAGGCCCGCGGCCGUCGUGGUUGAGAGCGGGCCUGUGUCGUACCACGCGGAGGAGGACGCGGAGGAGGAGGACGUGGAGGAGGAGGAUGGGGAGCCCUGCGUCAGCGCCCUGCAGAUGAUGGGCAGCAACGAUUACGGCUGUGACGGGGACGAUGACGAUGGCUACUGAGGCGACCUCACGUCCGGCACGUCCGCUGGUGGCCCCGCCACCGGCUCCUGAGGGUCCCACGGCCUCAGGUGAGCCCCUGGUGAGCACCGAGACUUGGUGACAAGAUGGGCGCCCGCUGCCCGGCGGCCCUCUGGCACAGCUGCCCGCGAUCUCGUGGCCUCGCUGUCGGGACCCUGAUGUGAGCAACGUGAGGAGCGUAUCUGUCUCUCGGCAGAGCUGGGUCUCUUGCCCCAGGAACCCUUGCCGGCGGCUCUGCUGCGUCCUGUGGAGAGAAACUGCGGCCCAGGGAGUCCCAGCCGCGUGUCCAGGCUUGUGGAGGCGUUGGGGUCCGGACCCUGCUCUGCCCCGGGGGCCGGGAGCCUGCGCCCCUCGCCACCUCACUGCGUCUGAGAAGCACUUUGUGUCCAGCUGACGCCCAGCCAGGCCCUCCCCGCUGUGCCCGGGCCUGGGCGCCCCGCAGACGUGCACCAAGCAGCCCACAGCCCGCCCGGCCCCGUGGGGCGGCCAGCACCACUCAGCAGAUGCGGGCGCAGCUGUCUGGGCGCCUCCUGCCUGAGCUGCACCUGGGUCCCCGUCCUCAGAGGCGUGACCGGCAGAGGCCCUCUGCUUGGCGGCACUCGGAACCUCCUGGGCUAGCCUCACUGCUGGAAGGCCCAGAGCACUUGCCCUGGCCUUGGGCAUGGCUGCGUGGGGGACGCCCACAAGGGGUCCACAGAGGCUUCCGCUCCUCCAGGCCAGCUUCGGCCACCCACCCCUCACGGUGGCAGAGCCACAGCAACCUGCCCCCGGGGGCUCAGCCCCCACCCCAGGUGGGCAGGCCCCGUGGUGUCCACCCCAGAGGGCAUCACGGCUCACGGGAUUUCAAGGCCCUCACUGUGCCCCUCGGCUGGGACCCCAGGGCACCGGGCAGGCUGGAAUGGAAGGUUGGCUGGUGAAACAGGAAGAUGGUUGCUUGAGCUGAAACCUGCUGAGUGUGUGGUCUGCAGCCCUGUCCGGCUCCCUGGAGGAGCGAGGUUGGGGGGGUGCGGGGUCUCCAGGCUCCACAGGUGCCCGGUUGUCAGCUGGGGAACCCGUGACUGCCCACCCUCACAUGAAGGCCCUGGGCCCCGGCAGAGGCUCUUAGAGGGGCCUCGUGGACGGGGGGCCCUGCCCCGCACGGGGAGCAGGUGCUGUGCUGGACCGGAGCCUGGGAGCCUCCGGGGGCGGGGGGCUGGCGGCCGCGGGGGUGGCCGGGCCGCGCCUGCCAUGUUCUAGACACAGAGGUCUGGCUGGAUGCUUCCCCGGGAGGUAGACAGGGCCGUCCUGCAGGGCUUCCUUCACAAAGGAGGGGCUGAUGGCCGGCCUGCAGAGGUGAGGCUGCUGAGCCAGGGGCGGGGGAGCGGGCCGAGCACGUCCGGGGAGGAGAAAGCGUGGGGCAGCCGCCGGGCGAGGCACAGGGUGCGGAGGCCCCGUCCCCAGCUGCGCCCACUCAGGUUGAGGUCAGCAGGGUCCUCCGUGGGGCCUCGCCCGAGCAGGGCGUGCGACUGGCCACCAGGGCCCACAUGGCCCCGGGUGCGGCUGGGGGAGGCGGCCUGCGUGCACGGCGCCCAGGGCGGCCCGUCCCCGCCGUGUGCCCUGCCCCUCCUCCAGCAGGAGGCCAGGGCUCCCCAGGCCCCCUGCCUGCCCCUCCUGAGGGUGUCCUGCUCUCCCCGUCAGUCUUGCUUUCCCAGCUCGUCCCCCAACAGCCUGGGGGGCGGAGGAGGGCCGGCCGGGAGAGGACUGCACGGCCUGCACACCCACAGGUGCACACGCGUGCACGGACACGCCGGUGCCGCUCACGCCGCUCCACCCGUGGCCCUGGGGCCACCGUCAGGGUGCCAGGUCCCGGGCUCUGACGAGACCCAGGCCCACCCCCAGCGGGGCUGAGCUCUGGGGCCCAAGGCCUGAUGGUGCCUCGGGCACCCUCACAGGGCCCCCGUGACAGGGCCGCCCGCCGCCCACAGAGGACAGUGCCUGCUGGCACCUGGUCCACGCCGUGCUCCGUGACCUCGCGCCCUUCCCGCCCCUCUGGGCCACAGAGUCAAGACCACGGGCGCCAUUCCCGGUGGGACUGUGUGGGCCACGGCGUCGUGCCACUUGCUGCCUCAGGCCCCCCAAGAAGGGGGGCAGGCCCGAGACACCCCCGGUGCCCGCAGGUGGCAGGGAGCCCCCUCCCGAGCCGGCCUGUCCAGGCCCCGGCCUGCACACCUGCCCCCUCCCAGCGGCUCCCCACGCCCUCCUGGCUCCCACGGUUGUGUCCAGGUGGGUCAGGUCUCCAGAUGGACAGCAGAGUUGGUGGCCACCUGUUGCCACCACGGCCUCUGCAGGCGCUGGGGGGUCACUCUGAGGGAGGGGCGGCUUCAGGGGGGCCCCUGAGAACCAGGGUCCCUGAUACCCCUCUGCUAGAGCCCAGCCUGAGCGCCCACUGUGCCCUGCCAACUGGCAGCCGCACAAAUGCUGCUCCCACAGCCCAGCCCUGGGCGAGGUGCAGGCCAGCCCCCCGUCUUGCUGCCCCAGACCGAUGCCCUCCUCCCAUCCAGCUCUUGCCCUCCCCAAGCCCCUUUGCUGUCUCCACACCCCGGUCCUCCAUCCAUUUCUCAGCAGGCUGGAGCGCUGGCCAAGUGAGGCUGCAAGUCUGGGACCGGGAGGGGGCUCCUGUCCCCCCUGGGCUGAGGGGGGCCCCGGGAGGGCGAGGACGUUCAGGCCUGGGGUCACCAGGGGGUGGAUUCGCCCACGCUGCCUUGAGGGGCCCAGCCCCACGGCCACCUCUGCCCGGCCACCCUCAGGCUGCCAGGCAAGUGCCCAGCUUCCGCCUCCCAGGCCCCAGGUGGGGUCCAGCACAGCCCCUGGGGACACUGCUCCCGGCACAAUAAAGGCUGCCUUUGAAGCCGCGA